AUGCCCUCCGAUGACGAAAGCGAUGAUUACUAUAGGCAAAGAUCGAGAACUCCUCUAAGUGAGACCUUCUCUCAUGAAGAAGAGCACUACUGGAGGCGUAAACGUAAAAGCCCAUCUCUUAGGGGCUUGGGAAAUGAUGCCAUGAGCAGGGCACUGGAUCAACUCUCUAAAUCACCUUCCACACGCCGCAAAGAAGGGGCUACACUUCCUCGACAAUUCCAGCAGCUAACCUUUGCUGUUUAUAACGACAAAACAGACCCCGUGGAGCAUGACCACGGACAUACCACAGAGAACUGCAGGAACAUCUGGAACUAUCUGGACCAGCUAGUCCGAGAAGGAAAGCUGAAGCACCUUCUGCAUCAUCCCAGUGGUCAUCACGGCCAGACCCAUCAGGAAUCCCAGAGAGAUACUGCCCUAAGGCCACCCGUAGGGACGACCAGUGUAAUCUUGGCCGUACCAGGAAGAACAGAUACGCGCCCUUCACGAGUGUUAUCUGUGGCUCAACGGCCUACCGAGAAGUCCCAGUCAGAGCCAAAGAGGGCCAGAAUGAAUUUUCACCCAAUCUUGUGUUUUUCAGAAGAAGACAAGAUCGGAACCACCCAGCCCCAUGACGAUGCGUUGUUGAUCACUCUUAGAAUUGGGGACUACGAUGUGAAAAGAGUGAUGAUGGAUGGUGGUAGUGGGGUUGAGGUUAUGUACCCCGACCUCUACAAGGGGCUGAGGUUAAAACCGGAAGAUUUGAUGCCCUAUAACUCUCCUUUGAUGAGCUUUGACGGAAAGCUCGUCAUUCCAAAGGGCAUGAUUAGGCUACCCAUCUAG